AUUGAAGGCACAAAAAGGUUGAUCUGAAGAAAUUUUAUUUUAAAUUUUUUAAAAAUAUUCAAGAUCUCCAAUAAUUUUAUAAGAACUAUAAAAAACAAUCAGAUAUCAAAAUGAGUUCCAUCACAAUCGCAACUGUCAUCACAAUGAUCACAAUCCUCGCACUGACUCAACCAACUCUUACCGAAGCUUCUUCAGCAUUAAGUAGUUUUGAAAAAUUUGCAAGCUAUGCUGUACCAGGAGCAGAUGAACAAGCAAGUCGAAAAUAUCUUGUGCAUUGGGAAGGUGUUGACGAAAUUGUAUUUUACAUGGGCUUAUUUAUGAUUGUUUUUGGAAUUCUGUUUUACUUUUUUGUUUGCUUUGGAUGUGGAUACUUGAGCUGUGGAGUAAGCAUGGCCAGAAAUAGCCAAACUUAUGAGCAAAUUUGAUUUUAUUUUUUAUUUUUUUUUUGCA